AUGGCCGGCGCGCGCUCGCAGGUCAACAAGCCGCACAAGACGCGCUUCGCCUCCAAGGCCUCCCGCCACUCGCACAAGAUCGACAAGGUCAGGAGCGGGAAGCCGGCGGGCAGCCACCGCGCCGCAGUUAAGGGCGCCCGUGCGGCGCGCCUCCAGCACAGCAAAGCGAUCCGUGAUCAGAAACGCGCUGCCUUGCUAAAGGAGAAGCGGUCAUCUAAUGGCUCCUCAAGUGCACCCCGUGUUAUUGUUCUUUGUGGCCUUUCCUCAUCUGCAAAUGUUGGGCCACUUGCCGAAGAUCUUUUGACAUUUGCAGCAGGAGGAGAUGAGAAACUGACUUCCAACACCGUUGCCUCUCCCGCCUAUAAACUUCGAACCACGGUACUGCAAGCACCAUAUGGGGACCUCACCUCAUGCAUGGAACUGGCAAAGGUUGCUGAUUUGUUAGCAUUCGUAGUGUCAGCAAAUUCAUUAUACAACAGCGAUUCAGGCAAUCCAAUUGAUGAGUUUGGAUCACAAUGUCUAUCUGUUCUUCGAGCCGUGGGCUUACCUAGUACAGCUGUUUUCAUUCGAGAUCUUCCAUCAGAUACCAAAAGUAAGCAGGAAUUGAAGAAAGCAGCGGUUUCUUUCCUUUCUCCAGAGCUGCCUGAAGAUUGCAGGUUCUAUGCAGCAGAAACUAAGGAUGAUUUGCAUAUGUUCAUGCGGCUUUUCAAGGAGCAACAUCUUUCAUCACCACAUUGGAGAAAUCAGAGACCCUAUGUUAUGUCUGAGGAGGUUGCCUGUAUAAAACCAGGUGACAGUAUGGGGUUGUGCACCUUGCUUGUGUCUGGAUAUCUGCGGGCCCACAAUCUUUCAGUGAAUCAGCUUGUACAUGUGUCAGGUGCUGGUGAUUUUCAGUUAGGACAAAUUGAUAUCCUCAAGGAUCCAUGUCCUGUUAGUGAAAGGAAAAACUCCGAUGUAAUGGAUUCAGAUGAUAAUCAAAUUCAGAUUAUUGAUACCUUCGUUCCAGACCCCUUGAAUCAGGAACCAUUACUUGUUGAAAAUAUUCCAGAUCCUCUUGCAGGAGAGCAGACUUGGCCAACAGAAGCUGAGAUGGAGGAAGCCUACGAAAGCAAUAAACAAAGAAAGGUUGUAAAGAGGAAACUUCCUCGCGGCACAUCAGAAUACCAGGCUGCUUGGAUUGUUGAUGAUACAGAUGAUGAAGGUGAUGAUUCUGAGAAUGACAAUCCAGAUGGUGCUGGAAUGGUAAUUGAUGAGAAAGAUCACUCAGAGCACGACAGCGAUAGUUCAGAUAUAGAUGCAGUGUCUCACUUCACGGAGAAAUUUGAUCAAGAAACUAUUGGGGGUUCUGAGAUGGGAGAUGAUGAAAAUCUUACCAAAGAGCAGAUUGAGGAAGACAUCAAGAGAAUCAAAGAAUCUAAUGCUGAUGAUGAAGAAUUUCCUGAUGAGGUGGAGACACCCUUAGAUGUCCCGGCAAGAAAACGUUUUGCAAAAUACAGAGGACUAAAAUCAUUUAGGACAUCAUCCUGGGAUCCUAAGGAAUCUUUGCCACCUGAAUAUGCAAGAAUAUUUGCAUUCGAUAAGUUUACACGAACACAAAAACAUGUGCUUGCUAAAAGGGCUGAGCUAGAUGAAGAAAGCUCAAAGGAUUGUGCCCGAAUAGGAUCAUAUGUUAUGCUUCACGUGAAAAAUGUUCCUACAGAUGUUGCCUCCAAACUUUGUCAUCCAUCAAGAAGAUUACCUGUUGUUGUUUCUGGUCUUCUUGAACAUGAGUCAAAAAUUUCAGUUCUUCAUUUCAGCAUAAAAAAGCAUGACUCCUAUGAAGCUCCCAUCAGAAGUAAGGAACCUCUUAUUUUCAAUGUUGGAUUCCGGCAGUUUACGGCAAGGCCACUAUUUUCAUCUGACAACAUCAAUUGCAAUAAGCAUAAGAUGGAGAGAUUUUUACAUCAUGGGCGAUUUUCUAUUGCCUCCGUCUAUGCUCCAAUUUCCUUUCCACCCGUUCCUCUGAUUGUUUUGAAGAACAUAGAUGGGCAACAACCUGUCAUUGCUGCAGUAGGUACACUGAAAAGUGUGGAUCCUGACCAGAUUAUUCUCAAAAAAAUUGUUUUGACUGGGUAUCCCCAGAGAGUCUCGAAACUCAAAGCAAUGGUGCGGUACAUGUUCCACCACCCGGAAGACGUCAGAUGGUUCAAGCCUGUCGAGCUGUGGACGAAGCAUGGCAAACGCGGCCGGAUCAAGGAGACUGUCGGCACUCAUGGUUCCAUGAAAUGCAUAUUCAACAGCAGCGUCCAGCAGCAUGAUACCGUGUGCAUGAGCUUGUUCAAACGAGCUUUCCCCAAAUGGCCAGAACAGUUCUAUCAUCAGAUAUAA